AAUUUACUUGCAAAAUCCAAAUUUGUGUUCUAUAUAUCAUUUUUCUCUUUUUAAGCUUCUAAAUUGAAUCAUCAAGCAUCUAGAAUUAGGAUGAAAAGGGAAGAACAAACCUAAUACAUAUAUAUACACACACACAUACACAAAGUUUUAUAUAAUUAAUUUAGGGUAUUAUUAAAAGAAUGUAUAAAGUUUUAUAUAAUCAUUUAGCUAAGAUUUAAAGUAUAAAAAUAAAAAAACAAAAUUGGUGUGUUCUGUUCUUAUUCGAUGCUAAUAAGAUUGUUUUCUUCUUCCGACCACAGGUUCGAUCGGCGGCCAUCUUUCCGACCGGCUCUGCCACUUACUUGGACUACUUGACCACGCAACGACCGGCGCAGCCCAUGUCGAACUUCCGUCUUCACCAUCGCUUUUUUUCAGUUACUCUUUAUCUUCUUCUCCUUUCAUUUCCUCUCUCUUUCAGCCAUUCGCAGUACGUUGAUGAUGAAUCCGAUCAAGAUUCUCCGGUCUCUCGCUUUCAACGCUACCUUAGAAUCAAAACCGCACAUCCAGAUCCCGAUUACGCCUCCGCCGUCGCCUUCCUCAGAUCUCAAGCACAAGAAAUCGGUCUCCAUACGGAGGUACUCGAGUUCGGUCCAGGUAAGCCUCUUCUUCUUGUGACUUGGUAUGGAUCAAACCCUUCUUUGCCUUCGGUUUUACUUAACUCUCACAUGGACUCUGUCCCUGCCGAGCCUUCUAAGUGGCUUCAUCCUCCAUUCUCUGCUGUCCGAACCUCCGAUGGUAAAAUCUUCGCCCGUGGUUCUCAAGAUGACAAGUGUAUCGCCAUCCAGUAUAUUGAAGCCAUUCGGAAUCUCAGAAACCGGGAUUUCGUCCCUGUCCGUACGGUUCAUAUAUCGUAUGUACCGGAUGAGGAGAUUGGGGGUUCCGAUGGAGUUGCGAAGUUCGUUCAGUCGAAGGAAUUCAAGGAGUUGAAUGUAGGGUUUAUGAUGGAUGAAGGACAAGCUUCACCGGGAGAUGAGUUUAGGGUUUUUUACGCCGAUAGAUCGCCAUGGUCGUUGAUAAUCAAGGCUAAAGGAACCCCUGGCCAUGGAUCUAGAAUGUACGAUAACAGCGCAAUGGAGAAUUUGAUGAAGAGCGUGGAGAUUAUCAGUAGAUUCAGAGAGAGCCAAUUUGAAAUAGUCAAAGCCGGUGAAGCUGCUAAUUCAGAAGUCAUCUCUGUGAAUCCUGUUUUUGUCAAUGCCGGAAUUCCUUCCCCCACAGGAUUUGUGAUGAACAUGCAACCGUCGGAAGCGGAGGCUGGGUUUGAUCUCAGAUUACCGCCGACCGCCGACCCAGAUGCUAUGAGAAGAAGAAUAGCGGAGGAAUGGGCUCCGGCAUGGCGGAACAUGACUUAUCAGAUAAUUGAGAAAGGACCCUUAAGAGAUUACUUAGGAAGUCCAUUAAUGACGAUGACAAAUGAUUCAAAUCCAUGGUGGGCUGUUUUUAAGGCAGCCAUUUCCGACGCCGGAGGGAAGCUUUCUAAGCCCGAAAUCUUGGCUACGACUACGGAUGCUCGAUUCAUGAGACAGAUGAGGAUUCCUGUUCUUGGUUUCUCUCCAAUGAUUAACACUCCAAUCUUACUGCAUGAUCACAAUGAGUUCUUGAGUGAUUCUGUGUUCAUAAGGGGAAUCAAGGUUUAUGAAUCCUUAAUCAGUUCUUUGAGUUCCUUCCAAGAGGAUGUUUCUUCCCAAUAAUAAGCAUUGCUCAUCCUUCAGAAUUCUGAUGGAACUCAACACCGUAAAGUAUCCAUUCAGAAUGUCAAUUUGAGAGGCAUAUAGCUUUAUAUGCAAAAGUAAGCUUUCUUCUGACCAAACCCGAUCCAUUUUACUAUUCAUAUCUAUUUGGUCUUUAAACUUUAAAGAGUUGUUUAGAAUGCUUUGAAAAGACUCAAAUAAACGAUAAAUCUCAAUGAAAUGAUACGCAAAACUUUGUAGCUUUA